AGAGCAAAGAAAUUUAAUACGUUUGCCUAGUGGGAUAGAAGAUUUACAAGCAUUGAAUAAAAUAUUAGCGGAAUACAUGGACCUAUAUUAUUAUAGCGUAAUGACUGUUUAUGUUGUUGUAUAUGUCUUUUUACAAACAUUUUCUAUACCCGGUAGUAUGUGGCUAUCAGUAUUGGGUGGUGCUUUGUUUAGUCUUCCCACAGCUCUUUUUUUAAUCUGCUUCUGCUCAUCGGCUGGUGCAACGAAUUGUUACUUAUUAUCUCGUAAAUUCGGAAGAACGUUUGUAAAAGAAAAAUUUUCAGAAAAAUUGGAUCAAUGGGCAGAAAAAUUACAAUCACAUUCACAUAAUUUAUUAAGUUAUAUGAUCGUGCUUCGUUUAUCACCCUUUCCACCUAAUUGGUUUGCUAAUGUAGCAGCUCCACAUGUUGGUGUUCCCAUAAAAAUAUUCUCUAUUGGAACAUUUUUUGGUGUUGCAGGUCCUUCUUUAAUCCAUGCACAAGCUGGUUUAACUAUUGAACAUUUAACAAGUGCUUCCGAUUUUAAAAUAUUUUCUUUUACCAAUGUUGGUGCUUUAGUAUUAUUUGCUUUAGCCGUACUUUUACCAGUUUGGUUUAGGAAAAAGGUUGAAAAUGAAGGCAAUAAUCAACAUAGUCUUAAUUCACAAGAAGUAACUCAAUUUACAUAA